GAGCAGGUAUAGGUCCACUUCAUCAAUCCACCGCCUCUAAAGGGUGGAUCAGAUAAAGGAGUCUACAACCACGGACGCACACCGUUUCAAACCUAUGCCGGGGUGUAGGAAUAAAGUACAAUAUAGUGAAAUACGGGACUAGGACUAUAGUGAUAUUUUUUUUCUAUUAAAAUGAACCGAAUGUGGACAAUAGGCCUCUUUUGUGCUCUUCUAGCUUUCAGUUCUGUCAGAGCGGAGGAUGAGGUUGACAUUGAUGGGACAGUGGAGGAGGACUUGGGCAAAAGUAGAGACGGCUCCCGGACAGAUGACGAGGUCGUCCAGAGGGAAGAGGAGGCUAUCCAGCUUGAUGGCCUGAACGCAGCGCAGAUAAAGGAAAUUCGGGAAAAAUCAGAAAAGCAUGUCUUCAAGGCCGAGGUGAACAGAAUGAUGAAGCUCAUCAUCAACUCCCUGUACAAGAACAAAGAGAUCUUCCUGAGGGAACUGAUCUCCAACGCUUCCGAUGCUCUGGAUAAGAUCCGGUUGCUGUCCCUGACCAAUGACGAGGCACUUACUGGUAACGAGGAGCUGACAGUGAAAAUCAAGUCUGACAAGGAGAAGAACAUGCUUCACAUUACCGACACCGGCAUUGGCAUGACCAAAGAAGACCUGGUCAGGAACCUCGGCACCAUCGCCAAAUCCGGCACCAGCGAGUUCCUCAACAAGAUGACAGAGAUGCAGACCGAGGGCCAGUCAACCUCUGAGCUGAUUGGUCAGUUUGGCGUGGGCUUCUACUCUGCGUUCUUGGUGGCUGACAAGGUGAUCGUAACCACGAAGCACAACAACGGCACGCAGCACAUAUGGGAGUCUGACUCCAACGAGUUCUCCGUCAUCGAGGACCCCCGCGGGGACACCCUCGGCAGGGGCACCACCAUCACUUUGGUGAUGAAGGAGGAGGCAACAGACUACUUGGAGCUGGAGACCAUCAAGAACCUUGUGAGGAAAUACUCCCAGUUCAUCAACUUCCCCAUCUACGUAUGGAGUAGCAAGACUGAGACUGUAGAGGAGCCUAUUGAUGAGACUGACGCCGAUAAGAAGGAUGAAGACCACGAUGAGGUUGAGGUGGAGGAAGAGGAGGAGGACAAGCCAAAGACGAAGAAGGUGGAGAAGACGGUGUGGGACUGGGAGCUGAUGAAUGACAUCAAGCCCAUCUGGCAGAGGCCUGCCAAGGAGGUGGAGGAGGAUGAGUACAAGGCCUUCUACAAGACCUUCUCCAGGGACACAGACGAGCCCAUCUCCCACAUCCACUUCACAGCAGAGGGGGAGGUCACCUUCAAGUCCAUCCUCUUUGUGCCUGCCGCAGCUCCCCGGGGACUCUUCGACGAGUACGGUUCUAAGAAGAACGACUUCAUUAAGCUCUUUGUGCGUAGAGUUUACAUCACUGAUGACUUCCAUGACAUGAUGCCUAAGUACUUGAACUUUGUGAAAGGAAUGGUUGACUCCGAUGACCUUCCUCUGAAUGUCUCAAGAGAAACUCUCCAGCAGCACAAACUUCUCAAGGUCAUUCGCAAGAAGCUGGUACGCAAGACCCUGGACAUGAUCAAGAAGAUCGCAGAGGAGCAGUACAACGAGAAGUUCUGGAAGGAGUUUGGCACCAACAUCAAGCUGGGUGUGAUCGAGGACCACUCCAACCGGACCCGUCUGGCCAAGCUGCUGCGUUUCCAGACCUCCAACAGCGACACGGUGCUGGCCAGCCUGGAACAGUACGUGGAGAGGAUGAAGGAGAAGCAGGACAAGAUCUACUUCAUGGCCGGGACCAGCAGACAAGAGGCCGAGUCGUCUCCCUUCGUGGAGAAGCUGUUGAAAAGGGGUUAUGAGGUCAUCUACCUGACAGAGCCCGUGGAUGAGUACUGUAUCCAGGCCCUACCGGAGUUUGAUGGCAAGCGCUUCCAGAACGUGGCCAAGGAGGGCGUCAAGUUUGACGAGAGUGACAAGACCAAGGAGAAGCGGGAGGGCCUGGAGAAGGAGUAUGAACCUCUCACCACCUGGAUGAAGGACAGCGCCCUGAAGGACAAGAUCGAGAAGGCUGUGCUGUCCCAGAGGCUGACCAACUCUCCCUGUGCCCUGGUAGCCAGCCAGUACGGCUGGUCCGGUAACAUGGAAAGGAUCAUGAAGGCACAGGCCUACCAGACCGGAAAAGACAUAUCCACAAAUUAUUAUGCAAGCCAGAAGAAAACACUCGAGAUCAACCCCAAACACCCUCUGAUUAAAGAAAUGUUGAAGAGAAUAAAUGAUAAUGCAGAGGACCAGACUGCCUCGGACCUGGCUGUAGUGCUGUUUGAGACGGCCACACUACGGUCAGGCUACCAGCUGGCUGACACCAAAGCUUAUGGAGACAGAAUAGAACGCAUGCUCCGACUCAGCAUGAAUGUGGACCUCAAUGAAGAGCCAGAGGAGGAGCCAGAGGAGGAGCCAGAGGAGGAGCCAGAGGAGGAGCCAGAGGAGGAGGUUAAAGCAGAUGAGGAAGAUGAAGAUUCGGGAGCCACAGGAAGAGAUGAGCUGUGAGACGGCCUGAGUGAGGGGGUGGGAGGGAAGGGUGAGGGAGUGAACUGGGGGGCAGAGCUUUGACUGGAACUAGGUCCAUCUUCUCUGCUGAAAAGGAGCGGGUGGGUGUUUGGAUUUUAGAAUCUUCUGAUUGUUUUUGUUUAUUUUCUACAUUCCUACAUGAUUGUAACUGUGUUAAUAUUUAACCGAGCCGGUUAUGGAGUGCUGUCUUCCUGUCACGAGAACAUUAAAUGUUGCCGGAAAGGCACCUGUGGUGUCUUGUUUAAA